CCGUGUCAUCAUGGGGAACCGGGGAAUGGAGGACCUGAUUCCUCUGGUGAACCGCAUGCAGGACGCCUUCUCCGCCAUCGGGCAGAACGCGAACCUGGACCUGCCGCAGAUCGCCGUGGUGGGCGGCCAGAGCGCGGGGAAGAGCUCCGUGCUGGAGAACUUCGUGGGCAAGGAUUUCCUUCCCCGCGGCUCUGGCAUCGUGACCCGCCGCCCUUUGGUUCUGCAGCUGAUGAACUGUCCCACAGAGUACGCCGAGUUCCUGCACUGUAAGGGCAAGAAGUUCACCGACUUUGACGAGGUGCGGCAGGAGAUCGAGGCGGAGACGGACCGCGUCACCGGAGCCAAUAAAGGCAUCUCGCCGGUUCCCAUCAACCUGAGGGUGUACUCCCCCCACGUGCUGAACCUGACCCUGGUGGACCUGCCGGGGAUGACCAAGGUGCCGGUGGGCGACCAGCCGGCCGACAUCGAGUUCCAGAUCCGGGAGAUGCUCAUGCAGUUCGUGACCAAGGACAACUGCCUGAUGCUGGCUGUGUCGCCCGCCAACUCCGAUCUGGCCAACUCCGACGCGCUGAAGAUUGCCAAAGAGGUCGACCCGCAGGGGAUGAGGACCAUCGGUGUGAUCACCAAGCUGGACCUGAUGGACGAAGGCACCGACGCCAAAGACAUCCUGGAGAACAAGCUGCUGCCUCUCCGGAGAGGUUACAUCGGCGUGGUGAACCGGAGCCAGAAGGACAUCGAUGGGAAGAAGGACAUCAACGCCGCCAUGGCGGCGGAGAGGAAGUUCUUCCUCUCCCACCCGGCGUACCGACACCUGGCCGACCGCAUGGGCACGCCCUACCUCCAGAAAACACUCAACCAGCAACUGACCAACCACAUCCGCGACACGCUGCCGGGCCUGCGGGCCAAGCUGCAGAGCCAGCUGCUGUCCAUCGAGAAGGAGGUGGAGGAGUACAAGAACUUCAGGCCCGACGACCCGUCCCGCAAAACCAAGGCUCUGCUCCAGAUGGUGCAGCAGUUCUCCGUGGAUUUCGAUAAGUGCAUCGAGGGCUCCGGGGAUCAGAUCGACACCGCCGAGCUGUCGGGCGGAGCUCGGAUCAAUCGCAUCUUCCACGAACGCUUCCCCUUCGAGCUGGUCAAGAUGGAGUUCGAUGAGAAAGAACUGCGCAAGGAAAUCAGCUACGCCAUCAAGAACAUCCACGGCAUCAGGACGGGGCUUUUCACCCCGGACCUGGCCUUUGAGGCCAUAGUGAAAAAGCUGAUCCAAAAGCUGAAGGGGCCCAGUCUGAAGUGUAUAGACAUGGUAGUGAGUGAGCUCACCUUCACCAUACAGAAGUGUAGUCAAAAGCUGGCUCAGUAUCCCAUGCUGAGAGAGGAGAUGGAGAGAAUCGUCACUCAGCACAUUAGAGACAGAGAAAAUCGCACCAAGGACCAGGUGCUGCUGUUGAUAGACAUCGAACUGUCCUACAUGAACACCAACCACGAGGAUUUCAUCGGAUUUGCAAACGCUCAGCAGAGGAUCAACCAGAUGAACAAGAAGAAGGCGGCUGGUAACCAGGAUGAAAUCAUGCCGGAGAGAGGAGUUAACGAUCGGUUCAAGGUGAUCAGGAAGGGCUGGCUGACCAUCAACAACAUCGGCAUCAUGAAGGGAGGAGCCAAGGAGUACUGGUUCGUCCUCACGGCCGAGUCUCUGUCCUGGUACAAGGACGACGAGGAGAAGGAGAAGAAGUACAUGCUGCAGGUGGACAACCUGAAGCUGCGUGAUGUGGAGAAGGGCUUCAUGUCCAGCAAGCACAUCUUCGCCCUGUUCAACACCGAGCAGAGGAACGUGUAUAAGGACUACCGUCAGCUGGAGCUGGCCUGCGAGAGCCAGGAGGACGUGGACGCGUGGAAGGCGUCCUUCCUCAGAGCCGGAGUCUAUCCGGAACGAGUCACGGAGAAGGAAGGAAAGAGCGACGGCGGGGACGAAAACGGCUCCGACAGCUUCAUGCACAGCAUGGACCCUCAGCUGGAGCGGCAGGUGGAGACCAUCCGGAACCUGGUGGACUCCUACAUGGCCAUCGUCAAUAAGACGGUCCGAGACCUGAUGCCCAAGACCAUCAUGCACCUCAUGAUCAACAACACGAAGGAGUUCAUCAACGCCGAGCUGCUGGCCCAGCUGUACUCGUGCGGGGACCAGAACACCCUGAUGGAGGAGUCCCAGGAGCAGGCGCAGCACCGCGACGAGAUGCUGCGCAUGUACCACGCCCUGCGCGAGGCCCUCAGCAUCAUCGGAGACAUCAGCACCACCACCGUGACCACCGCCAUGCCGCCGCCCGUGGACGACUCCUGGCUGCAGGUGCAGCGAGGCGGCUCCGGAGGGAGGUCUCCGGCCACCAGCCCCACUCCGAACCGCAGGGCUCCACCGGGACCCCCGGCUCGCCCGGGCUCACGCGGACCCCCGCCGGGCCCCCCCGCGGCCGGGGGCCCCCCGGUCCCGUCCCGGCCCGGAGCCUCUCCCGACCCCUACAGCGGGCCGCCCCCCACCGUGCCCUCCAGGCCCAACCGUGCGCCCCCGAGCGUGCCCAGCCGGAGACCCCCACCUUCUCCGACCCACUAGACCUCCAGCCCUCCCUCCCUCCUCCUCCUGUGGACGCCGGGCCGCCAGGCGGACAGCAGCGCCACCUUCCUGUCGCUCCCUGACCGGUUUCCCCUCGCCUCGUCUCUCCUCUGCAUGGACUUGUAGAGCCUGCGCUCCCCUAAACAAGCCA